CGCGCGUUGACAUUUGAAGAUAUCACCAGAUUUCGACUCGCAUUUACUGUGAAUCUUCUCCAACACGGAUGUACUUGUAACGUACGUCAAUCAUGGCGAUCCGUGAAGACCUCGUGGCCUCUGCCGUGACAUUCCUUCAAGAUCCAAGUGUUGCAGGAUCACCAAUCGAAAACCGUAUCGCGUUUUUACAAUCGAAGAACCUGACGCAAGAAGAGAUAGAUACGGCGUUGGCCAGAGCAAACGGCGAGACAGCUCCAGCAAAUUAUUCCAAUUAUGCGCCUCAGCAACAAGUAAUACGACAACCUCAACCCGGAUAUGGAGGUUACCCGCAGCACCAGUGGCAGCAGCCUCCGCCACCGGAGUUGCCGAAGAGGGACUGGAGGGAUUGGUUCAUCAUGGCAACCGUGAUGGGCGGGGUUGGAUAUGGUCUCUAUUUUGUCGCGAAGCGAUAUGUUUACCCCAUAAUUGCGCCGCCUACUCCACCGCAACUGGAAUCAGAUAAGAAGGCUAUCGAUGAUUCGUUCGAGAAAGCGUUUUCUCUCCUGGACCAACUCGCGAAGGAUACGGAGGAAUUGAAAUCAUCUGAACAAGCUCGAACGGAAAGACUAGACGCCGCGCUGACGGAGGUGGAAAGUGUUAUUAACGAAUUGAAGACUUCCAGCAAAAGACGGGAAGAAGAAUCCCGAAGGAUCGGUGACGAGGUCCGUGGACUUAAAGAUCUGAUACCCAAGGCGAUGGAAGGACAAAAAGAAACCACAGACAGCCGGUUAAGGGAACUGAACACCGAGCUGAAGAGUCUGAAGACCUUGAUGGGGCAAAGAAUGAAUCCAGGAGCAACUACGAGUACGAAUCCAUAUGGUCGGACUUCCGGCAUCGGAUCCUCACCAGCUGCAACAUCUACCAAUACCAAUACCAACGGAAGCUCGUUUGCGGAUGCAACCACUCCAAAGCCAGCUUCCGUUAGCAAUGGAACAGGCACGGAAGCUGUUGCCUCACUCCAGAGUCGAAGCUCAACACCAUUCAACACAGGGGUACCAGCAAGCAAAGCCGCCAUUCCUGUUUGGCAGAUGGCUGCAACCAAUAAAAGCUCAAGUUCCGUCAAUACGACUGGCACAGGGAAGGAAAAUGCAGAGGUUGCUGCUUAGUGGGGUUAAAAGUAUGUGAUUGGAUGCAUAUGCUGGCGUUUUUGGAAAGCUUUAGGAAUUGGCCUUCAUGAAGAUAACCAAGUGUACUAAAUUCUGAUGAUAAUGGAUUGACUACGAAAGACAGUAUCUGUAUGCUACAAGCUGAGCAGAAACAACUUUAGUGUUCGUGUGUCGGCAGCCGGGUUUCAGCCUUGCCGCAAGGUUGCGCAAAAUGCCUCCUUCGCACAAUCCUUGAAACCAAACAUUCUG